AUGACGUUUAAAUCAGUUGCGUCAGAAAAGAGCGUGCUUCAACAGUCAGGCAGUCACAGGAUGAUACUGCAGGAUGAGACCAAGCUUCGCUCUACAGACUGGUAUAAACUACACAGAGCAUCCCUGGAUGAGUCACACCUCGGUUUGGUCAACCAGACGUGGAAGUUUGGAAGGAACCAGGAAGCUGCUGGGACGACUGGCAGCAUGAUUGUGAACAUUCCCUCCUGCUGCGUGAUGGAUGCCGAAGGAUAGCCGGUGUCUUGGAUUCUGACGUGCACGUCGUGCACCAUGGGAAUACUGUACACUCUGCCAGAGCAGAGAGAGAAAGGCUACACUAAAGUCCUAAUCAACAGCAUGGCCCAACUCCACGCUCAGGGCUACCCAGAGCUCUGCUUCAUAAAGGAGCAGAGCCUGGCCUCCUACCAACUCUUUAAAAACAUGGGCUUCACUAAAGAUCCCUCACACAGAAACCUAGUGUGUGUUCAAUCAUUUUAA